UAUAACUUCUCAGAGUAGCAAUGGCAUUUAUUAUAAUCGACGACGUUAUCGAAUGGUUGUGUUUUGUGUCGAGCUCAUGUUUCUUUAUCAUAAAUAACUUCUUUUUGUAUCAUAAUUAUAUUCGAGAACAACAAGAAAUUUGAAUAUUUAUUUUUCAUUCUUUUAGAGUAUUUUUGAAAGUAUUUUUUAUUUAUCAAAAUUAUAUUAUCAAAAUUUAUUUGUAAAUAUUAAAUAUCACUCUAAUAAUAAUAUGUAUAUAAAUGUUAUUUAAAAUUGUAAAUGCGUUAUAGAAGAAUAAUAAAUUAUUGCAUUUAGUGUUUCACGUAAAAAUAAUUUUAAAUAUGUUGAAUAAGGCGAAGGACACGUUUUAUAAGAAAAUGUCUCAAUGUAAUAAAAAAUCUUGUUAUGGAUAUAUCAAACGAAGAUUACCAAUUUUAUCAUGGACAAAGGACUACAAAUUCACAUGGUUAGCACAAGAUGCAUUAGCCGGCUUAACGGUUGGCCUUACAGCUAUUCCACAAGGUAUUGCUUACGCUAUCGUUGCUAACUUAAGUCCCGAGUAUGGAUUGUAUGCAUCUUUCAUGGCCUCAUUCGUAUACAUUGUUUUUGGUUCCUGUAAAAGUAUUACUAUUGGACCAACUGCUAUUAUGGCAACGAUGGUGCAACCUUUGGUAUCAAAGUACGGUCCAGAUAUGGCUGUAUUGCUUUCGUUUUUAAAGGGCUGUAUGAUAGCAAUACUUGGAUUACUUCAUUUGGGUUUUCUGUUGGAUUUCAUUUCGUUACCCGUGAUUACGGGUUUCACUGCGGCUGCGUCCAUUAAUAUAGCUGCUUCACAAAUUAAACCAUUGUUAGGUAUCCCUGGUAGAAGUGAAGACUUGGUAGAUGCAUUAAUCUCAGUAUUCUCGAAUCUUAAUGACAUUCGCUAUCAAGACACGUCGCUAGGUGUUGCAACAAUAAUAAUUUUGGUUUUAUUAAAGAAUUUACCAGGGCGUCGAAUUGGUAGCUGGCCACAGAAAAUUGCUUGGGCUGUUACUCUUGCACGUAAUGCAUUAGUGGUUAUCAUAGGUACUGUGAUUGCCUAUAUUUUUUAUAUAAACAAUGAAGAACCUUUCAAGCUAACUGGAUCGAUGGGUAAUGGAUUACCACAGAUUGGUUUACCACAUUUCUCAAUAUCAGAUGGAAAUCGUACAUACGAUUUUCUUGAAACAACAGCUGCUAUGGGAACAACACUUUUCUCUGUUCCGAUUGUAUCUACGAUUGAGCAUAUGGCGAUAGCAAAAGCUUUUGCAAUGGGAAAGUCUUUGGAUGCAACACAGGAAAUGUUCGCGUUAGGUUUGUGCAAUAUGUUUGGUUCAUUUGUUCGAUCAAUGCCAAUUACAGGUUCUUUUACAAGAACGGCUGUUAAUCAUUCGUCCGGAGUUAAAACAACUUUGGGAGGCUUAUUUACAGGCUGUCUUGUUUUACUCGCUUCUAGUUUAUUAACAUCCACUUUUCGUUUUAUUCCUAAAGCCACUUUAGCUGGUGUUAUAAUGUGUUCUAUGUAUUAUAUGCUUGACUUCAAAACGUAUGCAUUAAUAUGGCGUGCUAAAAAAAUUGAUUUUCUACUGAUGUUGAUUACAUUAUUAUUUUGUGUUUUUUAUAAAUUAGAAUGGGGAAUCAUUAUUGGUAUAGUUUUAAAUCUACUAAUAUUAUUAUAUUUCUCUGCUCGACCUUCCGUCCAUACCGAAAUCGAACAGAUAGAAGACAAAAUCGCGAUUCGUAUUAUUCCCGAAGAAAGUAUUACAUUCCCAGCAGCAGAAUAUUUUAGAGCUAACAUAAUGCAACUUUCAGAAGAAAACUCGCUUAAUGUUGUACUUGAUUGUAAGAAUGUAAAAAGGAUCGAUGUAACGGUUGCAAAGAAUCUUAAAUUAUUAUCCAACGAUCUACGACUUCGAGGACAAAAUAUUGUCUGUGAAAAUUGUCCAGAUAAUAUUGGAAAUAUAUUAAAAAUUGUUGCUCCAGACCUUUGAAUAUAUAUAUACAAAUUUAUAAACUAACAUACAAACUAAUCUAUGCAAUCAUGAUUUUUAUUUAUUUUAUAAAUAUAAUGUAAUGGAUGAUUAUAAAUAUUAUAAAUGUUUAUAAAAAAUUAUAUUAUUUAUGAUUAUA